UUCGUGUUCAUCGCAAUAUCUAUGCGACUGGAACGUUAAUUUUUUUAGAAGAAUACAUAGUUAUUAUGUUUUACAAGAUCUUGGGUUAAUCCUUAGCGUUAAUCUGUUGUGUGUUGAUUUGUGAUUUUGUUAAAGACUGUAUUAAUUCUGGUUGGCGUUAAAGGAAAGGCGGGUGGUUAUGCUCGUAAGAUGCCGUCGACGUCGCGGUCGCGAGGCUCUGGGCGCGGGCCUGAUGGCGCGCCGCGGUCCCAAGUCAUAGCGCCUAUGUCGGAGCGGCAGCAAUUAGCUCUUGUGAUGCAAAUUUCAUCACAAGACGCUCCUCCAGCCGCUCCGACCCCUGCAGAAGAAAGGAAGAGAACAAGACAACAACGAAAUGAACGUGGUGAAACUCCCUUACAUGUAGCAGCCAUCAGAGGUGACCAUGAACAAGUGCGAAAAAUUAUUAACCAAGGACAAGAUCCGAAUGUCACUGACUUCGCAGGUUGGACACCGUUACAUGAAGCCUGUAACUAUGGUUGGCUUCAAGUUGUAGCAGUACUCGUGAGUUGUGGUGCGAAUGUUAAUGCAAAGGGCUUAGACGAUGACACACCACUACACGAUGCAGCUACAUCGGGAAAUCUAAAGAUGGUGAAAUUUCUCAUUGAACAUGGUGCCCAACCAUUUGCUAAAAACUCCCAAGGAAAAUCUCCAGCCGAUUAUGCAGCACCACACGUCCAAGAAUAUUUACAAUCCCUAAAAGAUAACGCGAGAGCAGCUCAUAAUACAAAAACAAGGGAUGACAGCACAAAAAAGAUUGGCAAUGCAAGUACAACCAGUGAAGCUUGUAAGAGAAGUAACAUGGAGAGCCUAGCACAGGGUGAAUUUGAAAAUAAAGAGGCCACAGCUCAAGAAAAAGUUAACAAUGUUGAAAUUAAAAUCAAAGAAGAGGGAGAACAGGUGAGUAGUGGUGUAGUGUCAUCCACUCAAGAUGACAGUAUCCUCGGUAAUAAGAAACUGUACAUUGAGAUUAAGCAGGAGCCUGACCAAUCUGAGGAUGAUGUUUCUAAAAGAAAGAAAAGGAAGGAUAAUGAUGAUAAGGAAUCCAUAGCUAAGCCAUCUUCAAUGGCAAGGGGAGGCACAGGAAGAAUUCUUACUGGUAGCAAACCACCUGGACCAGCGAGCAAGACUGGUGCAACUAUGGUACAUAAAGGUGGUGCUUCACUGAAUGUCAACAAAAGUGUUGCUACCUCAUCCACAGGCAAAUUGCAAACAGGUGGCAAAGGAAGUGCUGGAACCAAAGGCAAAUCAGGUUCGAACAAAGCAUUGAGCACACAAAUAAAGCAGGAAAGAAGGAGUCCAGUGCCUAGUCCAAAAUCCUCUAAGGAUGAUGAUUCUGAUGACCUUAAACCUCUUGAGGCUAUAGCACCAAAAGUUCCACCAUUGAAGAUAGUAAUACCUGGUGGUGCAGGUGGAUCUGGCAGUAGAAAUGAACAAGAAGAUGGUGGCUCAGGUCAGCGUGGCAGUGGCAAAGGGAGAGGCAAUGCUUCCACAUUACCUUAUGUCUUACCAUGUACAACCACAGAUGCAGGUCAAACAUCUGACAGCUCAGAUGGUAAUUCUGAUGACAAACGAAGUGGUGAGGGGGGCAAGGGAGGGCAAAGAGUACUCCGCUCGCAUAGAACAAAUGAUGGCGAAAAAGACCAAACUGGCACAGUUUCGGGAUCAUCAAAUCAAGUGUUGGGUUCUAAUAAAAGUCCUCCUCCCACGGGUUCAGGUCAAGAUGAUCAUGGUUCAACAAUAUCUGGCAGCUCAGGUGGGAAACAUGAUACAGAUGGAGCUGGGAGCAGAGGCAAGGAACGACGCUAUCAAUCUCCCUUAAAGUCUCCUAAGAACACACGACAAUCUUCUGCAUCGAAACCAGCAGAUCAGUUAUAUCUCAGAAAGAUGAAGAAGGGAAAGGCCCAUUUAAGAAAGUACAAAUCAGAGAAACACAAUACUGUUGCCUCUAUGUAUCACUCAUCUGCAUCGGGACCAACAGUUGAGUUACAUCCAAGGAAAAGAAAGCUGAAGUCGUCCAGGGACAACCAUCUAAGGGAAAUUAAAAUAGAGAGAGACACUGAAAACUCAGUUUCACAUAAUGUUACACAUUCAAAUCCUUACCAGAUGUAUAUACAUAAGAGGAAACAGAUUGAGCGUCGUCAGAAAACAUUGUUCCCUGUCAAACCAAAGCCGCCAAAGGAUUUCAAUAAAUAUUUGAUGAAUCGCUGCACAUACACUCUUCAAAACAACGUAAAUCCGGAGCCUCAGGUCGAAAUUCCAAUCACUCUUCCACAGCAAAUGAUAACAGAGUUUAUGUCGCAGGAGAGAGAAAGGACUCGACUGCGCAUUCAGCAUCAGGUUGAGAAGGAGAAACUGGUUUUGGCAGUGGAACAAGAAAUCUUACGUGUGCACGGGCGAGCCGAACGUGCUGUGGCUAAUCAAGCUCUUCCUUUCUCUGUGUGCACUAUCUUGCGUGAUAAAGAAGUUUACAACGUGCUAGCACCAGAGCAGGAAGAAAAACGCAACGCGCAGCGAUCCAGGUGCAACGGGAGGCAAAUUAAUUCGUGGCUUCAGGAAGUUGACGACAAGUGGGAAAAGAUCAAGGAGGGCAUGUUACGACGGCAGCAUACGGAGGCAGAAACGUUACACGCGGUUCAGGCCAUGGGAUGGGAAUGGAAACUGAAGGAAUUGGGCCUGUGUGAUCACAAGAUCACGCCCAAGAUAGAUCCAUUGCAUGUACCACAAAUACAUGUGUCAAAUUUUGAUUUGCCCGCUUGAAUUUUAAGUUCACAUUGCCUGAGUUCAUAUAACGUCGACACUAUGGUGACGACAUAAUAUCUAAUUUCACCUUCUUAACUAACAUUUUUAUAACACCAAUUGGUAAUAUGAAUCAAGCGGAGCCACUAAAUUGAAUGUUAUUAAUUCGAUUUGUAUAAGUUGUUUCUACAUGUGAGACUGUCAAAUUUUAUUAUGACGUGUCACCUGUCAUAUAUUAUAUACAUAUAAUAUAUCGCAGUAAAUAUAUACAUACACAUACCGUCAAAAUUAAAUUAUUAUUGUAUAAAAAAUUAUCUUAUUAGUGAGGGUUUGCUCUUUCAAACGGUUGAAAUUGUCGAAUUUCAUGAAAACUGCAAAAGGCCUUCAUUUAACAUACAGUAACAGGGCCAUUGAUUGCAAUGAAAGAAUCCAAUAUUUUGACUGUAUGUACAAUGUGUAUUUAAAUAAUUUAUACACCUUCAUUGAAAUAAUUUGAUUACCACUUGACUCAUGAUUUUAAAAUUUAAUUUUGUAUUACGUCCAGUUUUAUGGACGUGAUUUGUAUUAUUAUUAGGAAUUAACGCUUCUUUUCUCUUCUUUUAAGAGGCGGCUGAAAAAGUUUUAUUAACGUUAUUAGAUUAGGCUGUGGGAUAUAUCUAUUUCUGUUGUAUUAAUCUAUAGACAGAUACUUCAUAAUGCUUUCAUACUAACUCUAUCAAGUUUUCCGAUGUGGAAGUUUACUAUGUAAUUAACAAUCGUAACACAAUCAGUGCUUAUAAUGCAUUCCCAAUAUAUAAAUCAUCCCAACAGAAGUAGACUAAACAGUAUCUCCAUAAUAAUUUAUGUUAAAAAUAAUUGAUUCGUUUCGUAUAUUUCGAAAUUAUAAAAUGUAAGGAAAUAUGUCAUUGUUUAAUUAUGAUAAAAAUUUAAUAAGUUGUUUUUGGUUUUAUCUAUUAAUAUAAUAAUGAGGAUUUUUUCAAAGUUUUGAAUGAUUAUAACUUCCUCCAAUUUAAUUUUACUUUCAUACAAACCAUGUUCAUUAAUAUCGCAAAUUCAAACAGAUUUUUUAUGAUUAUUUGGUUGAAUGUUUAUUCCUACUGUGUGCAUUGAAACUCCAUUCUCGAAUUAACUGGUUGGUUCUAAUAUGAAUUACAUAAUAACAUCCCUUAAGUGAAUAUUAUAUUUUUAUGAUUUGUCAUGACAAUUUAACGGACCUUAAUGAACUAUUAAAAUAGUUAAGUGAAAGUCGAACCAGAAGGGUUUGUAAACAACGUAAAGAUUAAUUAAUACUUUUGUAUUGGAAUUACCUGUUUAAUUUGCUAGUUUAAAAUCAUGAAUAUCCGCCUACUGACAGACUCCUUCUAAUAAUCUUUCAUUCUUACCACCUUUGGGAACAGAAGCCUAUUAUUUAAUUGAAUUUAGAUUUUCAUCAUCCAGUUGAUAAUCAAUCUAUGCUUUUAAGCUUCAAUGUACCCUGUUUAUGAAAAUAAUUUUAUGUAUAUAUGAGACAUUCAAAAUGAAUUUUUAGUAAAUCAUAUUAUGUUAUUAGAAAAUCUGUGAUUUAUUGUAUAUUAUCAAGUAAUCUCAAUAAAUUUAGAUAGUUAUGUACCAUAUUGUGUUUUGUUUUUAUCAGAUAUACUAUUAAACUACAUUUUUUUUCACUAUUGCAAAAACUUUAUUAUUUAUUUGAUAUUAUAUAACGAAUGAAAUACAAAUAUGUGGAAAUUUAUUAAUUAUUGUACUGUUUUAUUUUUUUCAUACAAUUUGACUCUAUGUAAUUGUUUCUUAUUAUUAAUGAUUUGAUUUUGAAAUUUGUGAUCAUACCUCAAUAAUACAGGGUGGACCAAAAGUCCGUUUAUAAUUGGAAUGAUGAUUAAAAAUUACAGUGGAUCAAAAUUUGUUUAUUGUUUUCGAUAUUAAACAAAAGGGGAAUUAAUUUCUUAAAAAUCACAUCAUCCAUAUGCAAUCCUUCAUUAUUCUGGCAUUGCUGCAAUCAAGAGCGGAAAUUUUCUAUGACAGCUUUACAUGUUUCUGUUGAGAUGUUUUGGAUUUCUGUGCGAAUUCGAUCCUUUAAUUCGUCAAGAGUUACUGGGUUGGUUGGCUGGCAUGCAGGGGUUUUUGAUCACCAUGACAUAGUGUCACUCCAAUGACGAGUCGCAUGGUCCUGAGGCCUUAAUUCCUGCACCAUUUGGAUUUGAAGGACGUUAAGGACAGCAGACCGCUUUCGAGUUGAUAGUCCAGGUUGGUCACGAACAGACGAUUUUACUCGCUCCACGUUUUCGGGGUCCCUCGACGUUCUAGGCCGGCCAGAUCGACGUAAAUACAUUGUUGAACUCGUCUUCUCAAACUUGAGCACCCAUUUUUUAAUUAACACACCUGAUGGAGCUUGAUUUUUGUGUCGUAUCUUGUAAUGAUUGCAAAACUUUCGUUGAGCUAAGGUCGGAGAAUCGUUGUUUCCAUAGUACUCGCGUACACAAAAUGCACGUUGACUACCAUGGUAGUAAAUUCCCAUUGGCCGCUCUUGCAAUGCAUAACCCUUCCACCCCCCUCCGCCGCCGCUGCUAGACGCGGCAACCGAUUCAAAUGUAAACGGACUAUUGGUCCACCCUGUAUUUCACCAUUUUCAUUAUUUUUAAUUUUUAUCUGAUGAUAUGACUGUUUUUAUGAAAAUAUGUGUUUGAUAUGUUAUGCAAGAAAUGUAAUUAACACAACAUUUGUUUUUAUACCACAACCACAUCAAUGUAUUCUGUGCUAUAUAUAAUUUCAUUAAACAUAUUCAUAUACAAAAA